AAUCAAAUGCAAAUCAUAAACAUUAGAUUGUGAUUGAGAGAGCAUGUUGCAAUGUUUUUGUUUAUACAUAGUAGGUUGACCUACUCAUUGAGUUAUUACAUAGGUUUAAACUUUAGUGCAGUGUAGUCGUUAAAAUAUAUAGAACUGAGUGAUAACAAAAAUAGAUCGAGAAACUCAUGAACCAUUCAAUGUUUUUAUUUAGGUAAAUGAUAGGGAAUAAAGACUCUUCUUAAGCUCUUCCCUAGCAGAAACUCUAUCUAUCUAACUAAUGUUAUUUUUAUAGUUUUGGGAUUCUUUACCUCUGAUGUUUAAAACACCAAAAGUAAAAGAUUGUUUGACUCGUUAAGUCCUAUUACAUUACAUGACACUUUUAUCUUGUGGCAUAGCGUUCACUUCUGUAAAUAAGAUAAGCAUAUUUUGAUACUGUAUCAAGCGCUGAUAUGGAACUUAAAUUAUUUAAUAAUAUUGAGAUAAUAUGGUAGAGGGAGGAGGUCAACUUUAACAGAAGAGUAGUUUUACAACACAAAUUGCAUUAUGGCCCCAAACCUACAAAGCCCUUUCAUUGAUGGACCCAGAUUACCUACUUGGAGAAAGCGUUGGCCUAGUUACAUCGACGACAUUCUGCAUACUGAUUCAGAAAAACAUAUUGACAUGCUGUGACAACAAUAGAAUGACGUAGCCAUAUCAAUCAUGGUCAAUAUCCUAAACCAUUAAUCGAGGAUCCUUUUCAACUUCAAAACAUCCAACAAAGACCUCCCCCAAUAAUUUAUACAACAAUCGGUCCUGCGCUGCCGAAUCGACUAUAAGGAAUUAUUAAGGAUAAUAAUGCCCGUUUUCACCAUCAAUCCCUAAUUUUUAUGUGACCCCUAUGGUAACACUAAACAGGAAUUAUGAUUUCAUAGGGGUCACUUAAAAGUAAGGGAUUGAUAGUGAAAACGGGCUUAAGCCUAUUAUUUCGUUCAUAAUACUUUGUAACUUUAAAUUGUAUGUUAAUUUAGUUAUACAUGGUUUGGUAACCUACCCAAGAAGGCAGAAGCUAGAUAUUUAAAAGGUUCAUAAGAUGAAACUAAUGGGGAUAAGCCAUUCAUAAAACGGAUCUUUGAUGAUGUUGAAGAAAUAAGUGAAGAAGAAAUGUCAUGCGAUGAAAAGACUUAAACCCAAGAAAAAACGAAUUUCAAUAUUCUCCCUUUUGUUGCAAAAAUAACUUUAAAUCAUUUACGGGGUGAAAAGGCAGAUCAGUUUAACAAUUUUUUUUGUUAAAAAUCUAAGGUGUGAUGAUAAACUGAUGAAGGCUGUAAGAUUGUCAUUCAACCCAACCAAGUUAGGCUUUAUUGCAAACUAGCUUUCCGCCCGCGGCUUCGCCCGCGUGGAAUUUUGUCUGUCACAGAAAAACUUUAUCGCGCGCGUCCCUGUUUCAAAAACCGGGAUAAAAACUAUCCUAUGUUCUUUCCCGGGACUCAAACUAUCUCUAUGCCAAAUUUCAUCAAAAUCGGUUGCGAGGUUUAAGCGGGAAAGCGUAACAGACAGACAGACAGACAGACAGACAGAGUUACUUUCGCAUUUAUAAUAUUAGUUGGGAUGUCAUUAAUUUAUCACAUAAAAUCUACUCCAAACUUUAUAGGCAUGGUAGCUAACAUGAUAAAGUUUUUGAGUACGUUCGAGUAAGUAGAUGGGUAUUAUGUUUUUCUUUGAUAAAACAUUAAGAUACCACUCACGUUCUUACGUGUACCUACCAGUGGAUAGACACUUCUCAUACAAAAACUAGUCUCUAUAUGUAGCAAUUGAUAUACAACCUUAUCCCUUAAGCAAUAAAGUGCAUUUUGGAUUGAUUUCACUAUAGCAGGGGAACCCGCGGAUCAAUACCACCAUACUAAAAAUAAUUGUUAGUGUCCUUAUGUUGGUAGUAUUGUUAGUUUGACAAAUGAAAAAAAAUGUCUGUCAAUUGAGUUUGAGUUUUUAACCGGCGAAUUGAUUCGUGUGAAGUUAUUUUCUCAGAUUUGGUGCAAUAUUACUGUAAAUAAACUUUUCUGUCGUUUACGUUGAGUUGAUUAAGUUCCUCCGUAUCGGGCGUGAUAAAGUUUGCUGUUCAGUGUUAUGUUUUUUGUGAGAUAGAGACUCUUUUAAAUAAGCUGUGUUUCAACUUCUACAGAAGUUUAAACUCUUAUUUACUUUUCUGUUUAAUGGGUAUGUUAUCUACUUACUUGAAAUAUUACAUCUAUUACAAAUCUAUUUUUCAUUAAAAACAACCCUAUGUGAUGAAAAUGUAAAUGUACUUUCAAAACUGGUAAAUGCAUGAACCAGGGCAUUGACACUGGUUGGAGAGAAAUUAUAGGCUUUGUUUAAUUAAUACCUAUUUCAUUUUAGGCUUCUACUGAUAAUGGAGAGUAGAAACAACAAGAAGUGCGUUAUUUGUAAUAAGAGGCGAAGUCGUGGUGGAUCACCCUUACUUUUGAGUAGGUUUCCUCUGGAUUCUGACCGUUGUCGAAUGUGGGUUAAAAAUGCUGGCUUAGAAGACUUAGCAUAUGUACCUAUUGAAAAGUUACACCAACUGAAGUUUGUUUGUGGUGGGCACUUCACUCCUGAAUCCUUCAAUGCCAAAGGAACUCGGCUGAAGAACUCAGCUAUUCCAACACUGGAAUUGAGCAAUCCCAUCUUGCCAGAUGAAGUUUUGACAGAGUUUCCUCUUCAUGUAAAAGACUCCAAUAAAGAAAACCUCAAGACAGUUCUUUAUGAUCAUUCAUUUUGCAUUCCAAAGAAGUCAAAUCCAGUUGAACGAGUUCCCCUUACAACUACAACCAAACAACUAAAUUCAACAUGUUUGGGAGCUGUGGAUAUACCAGAUUCUGGUAUUUCUGCGAAAACAACUUUUGAACCUCUUCCUUCUACUUCCAAUGCACCAGAACAUAUGACCUAUAAACCCAUUACUCAUGAUGAUAAAAACAUUUGCCAUCAAGAUGCACAGGCAGAAAUAUUAGUCCACAGUUAUAAAAGACCUAAGAAAAACAUUGAAAUGAAAGACACUUCAUCAACAUUUACAAUUAAAGAGAAGAGGCUUUGGCGACAGUUACAAAAUGCAAAAAAAACAAUAAGGAAUAUAGCGAAGGUAGUUGCAGAAGAACACAACAGAAAUUUUUUAAAUAUUAAAAAACUGAAUAGUACCAUUGUAAAUCCAACAUUCAAAACUAAGAUGAGGGUGAAGUAUGCUGCGCAUGCUCUGAGUAAUACCGUGGCAGCUAUUUUAAAAAUGAUGGCAUGGAAAGAAGUUUCUGAUUGCAAUGAUACAGCAUUUGUGAUUGAACAGUUAGAUAAACUAUUUGAUUGUACAAAUGGUCCAUCAUCUUUAAAUGACGUAAAGAAAGGGAUCCGGGAAAAUGUUUCCACAUCAAGUAAUCACAUUGAGUCUUGGACCUUUUAUACUGAUAAGUUAAAAACCAUAAAAUUUAUAACAGCAGAAAACACGAUACUAAAAAAUGUUAAAUGCGUAAAGGGAUAUCAAAUAUCUAUCAAAUCCUUAAACGAUAUUUGGGAAAAGUUAAAGAAUGAAGGGUUUAAAUAUAUGAACCUUAGACAGUUUAACCAAGACUCUCUGGAAAACUUAUUUGGAAUCAUUAGGCAACACAGUGUAACCAAUAGAAAUCCCACUAUCACGCACUUUACUGCAGCGCUUAAAACAAGCAUGGUUACUGGGCUGAAAGUGCCUCAUAGCAGAAGUGCUAAUUGUGAAGCAGACAACAAUAAACAUAUGCUGGAAUAUAAAGACAUUUUAAAAACUAAUUUAAAAACAACAGAAAUAAAAAUUAAUGUUCAAGAUUCCACAGACACUGAAUUUUAUCCUGUGUUGUCUAUCCCGGACCCUGAAAACUUAGAACAGCCCAUUGAAAAUUUGUGUAGCCUUGAAAACCAACCAGUAGUAUAUGUAAGCGGGUAUUUAGCUGCCAAACUAUUACAGAACAGUUCUUGUUUAAUUUGUGAAGAGUGUUUGAGCGUGAAAACUCCUGUUGACAAUGACUUGUAUGUGUCACCGGAAAAUAACAAGACUCGUAAGUUGAUCAAUUUUCUAGGUAGUUGA